GUUGAAGAGACAUCCAGGAUGCCAGAGCCAGCGAAGUCCGCUCCCGCGCCCAAGAAGGGCUCCAAGAAAGCCGUGACCAAGGCGCAGAAGAAGGAUGGCAAGAAGCGCAAGCGAAGCCGCAAGGAGAGCUACUCGGUGUACGUGUACAAGGUGCUGAAGCAGGUCCACCCGGACACCGGUAUCUCGUCCAAGGCCAUGGGCAUCAUGAACUCGUUCGUGAACGACAUCUUCGAGCGCAUCGCGGGCGAGGCGUCUCGCCUGGCGCACUACAACAAGCGCUCGACCAUCACGUCGCGGGAGAUCCAGACGGCCGUGCGCCUGCUGCUGCCCGGGGAGCUGGCCAAGCACGCCGUGUCCGAGGGCACCAAGGCCGUCACCAAGUACACCAGCUCCAAGUAAACAACAGUCUUUAAUCUCCAAA